CAUGUCCCUGUGCGUCUCUGUCUUUGGACUGGUUUGUCUCGUCUCUCUUUUUUCUGGUUGUGAGGGGCGGAGCUCCACUCCAGCACCAGACUAUGACUAUAACUCCACCUUCUACUACACCUUCUACAGUAAUGCAUCUCAUGAUGAUCUGGAGGAGUUCCUAAACUCCAGUGAUGUCAAUGGAGACGAGGAGGAGACAUUUUCCACGGAAACGGCCUCAGAAACGCCCAUAGCAACCACAGCCGGGGCUGGGGUCAGAGGAGCCGCAUCACUUCCUGUUUGUGCGGACUCAACUCUGAUGUGGACCCUCAGCGUGAUGAUCCUGAACGCACCACGAGCCCUCUGACUCAACCACACCAAACACAGGACUAAACCAGAACUAAACCAGGACUAAACACUGAACCAGGACUAAACCAGAACUGAACCAGGUCUAAACCAGAACUGAACCAGGUCAAAACCAGGACUAAACACUGAACCAGGACUAAACCAGAACUGAACCAGGAUUAAACCAGGACUAAAUCAGGACUGAACCAGGAUUAAACCAGGAAUAAACACUGAACCAGGACUAAACCAGGACUAAACCAGAAUUAAACCAGGAUUCAACCAGGACUAAAUACUGAACCAGGUCUAAACCAGGACUGAACCAGGAUUAAACCAGGACUAAACACUGAACCAGGACUAAUUCAGGACUAAACCAGGACUAAACACUGAACCAGGACUAAACCAGGACUGAACCAGGAUUAAACCAGGACUAAACACUGAACCAGGACUAAACCAGGACUAAAUCAGGACUAAACCAGGAUUAAACCAGGACUAAACACCAGGUCUAAACCAGGACUGAACCAGGAUUAAACCAGGACUAAACACGGAACCAGGACUAAACUAGGACUAAACCAGGACUAAACCAGGAUUAAACCAGGACUAAACACUGAACCAGGACUAAACCAGGACUGAGCCAGGAUUAAACCAGGACUAAACACGGAACCAGGACUAAACCAGGACUAAACCAGGACUAAACCAGGAUUAAACCAGGACUAAACACUGAACCAGGUCUAAACCAGGACUAAACACUGAACCAGGACUAAACCAGGGUUGAACCAGCAUUAAACCAGGACUAAACACUGAACCAGGACUAAAUCAGGACUAAACCAGGACUAAACCAGGACUAAACCAGGACUAAACCAGGACUAAACCACGACUUAACCACGACUAAACCCUGAACCAGGACUGAAACAAAGUAAACAAGGACUAAACCAGAACUGAAUGAGGACGUAACCAGGAAAAAAGCAAGCCUGAACCAGGACUAAACCAGGACUGAACAAGUACCAGAGCUCUGCUUUUGUGGGUGAUUUUUGGCUGUGAUUCCCUCUGUGUCCAUCAGAGGGAGCAGUAUCCCCAUGUUUCUGAUUCAAAAUUUCUGUUUUCAUAAUUUUUUUAAUUUUCUUUUGUUUUAGUGAGACAUGAUAAUUUAUGAGGUUAAAGGGGGUUAAGUGUAUUUUAUAUACUAUAAAACAAAACUUAAGACGUGGUUUAGUCCAGGUUUAGUCCUGGUUUAGACCUGGUUCAGUCCUGGUCCUGCUUUAGUUCUGAUUUAGUCCUGGUUUAGUUCUGGUUUAGUCCUGCUUUAGACCUGCUUUAGACCUGGUUCAGUCCUUUUAUUUAAUUUGUGAUUUUUGUCUUGUUUGGUGAAUGUAUUUUUCAG